AUGACCGGCCUCGUGAAUUUCGUCAGUCACUCAUGGUGUCGUAUUUUGGGUUUCCGGGAGAACAUAUUUAGGGAGCUUGCUAUAGAGUUCCUUUCUAAUGUCCAAAUUAACUGGGAAACCAAUAGUUGGUCGGACGACUUAACCUUUGCUUUCAGACUGGGUGGAGUUGCCCGAUGUUGCAGCUUCAUAGGCCUUGGGCAGCGCUUAGAGAUUUAUCCUGCCAGGGAUGCUGAUCAUCCUUUCUUGGAGGCAUAUUUGGAUAGUUGCAUUCUCUCAAAGCCAAGGGAAUACAACCAUUUGAGUAUAUGGGCCUUAGUUGUCAAAAAUUACUUUUCGAGGUCGGCGAAGGACGAAAGUUUCAGAUCACCUUUGCACCAGUCCAUGCACUGUUUAAUCGCCUCCACUAUUCACCAUCGUAAAUGGCAUGAUAAGGUCCCUUCAAGCAACCUUUUUCCUAUGUGGUACCUCCUCCACACCUACGUCCACCUCUAUAUUCCUUACAUUAUUGCCUAUUUUUUCUCCUCCAGUUUGGCUUAG